AUGCCCUGGUGGUUGCUGCCUGAGGCCUCAAUAGUCACAUGUGGAGGCGCUCCACCGGCGAAUCAAUGGCAGUGGAUUCAUGAUGAUGUUUCAUUUCCUCCGUCAUACGAAAUCACCGCCUCAUUUCGUGCUGGCAUUUCGCGUGCCUGGCAUGCCAAAGUCGUCGUCAUGUUUCGCUCACGGAUAACUCAGAUCCUCUUCCGUGGCUCUGCGCCAGCUACAGCCCCGAACCUCUCGCUCCGAGCCCAGCGCAUCCCGUCCGUCCCAUCUCCGCAGAUAACAACGCGAUCAUCCCGCUUCUCCAAUUCCUCGCGAUCGUGGACAACACAAUCUCGAUCGCCUUUCUGGACCUUCCGCUCCCAGCCCUUCUCUACUUCCGGUCGUCAGUCUUUCAACAAUGGUGGACAAAACUACAAGCGGUUCAACAACGCGCCGCUGUUCAUCCAGUUGCUGAGUCGCGCCCAGCCGCAUCACUAUGUGAUAGUUGGACUUGCCGGAGGCCUUUUCUAUGUCUACAACAUAGAGACAGUGGAGAUGAGCGGUCGCAAACGGUUCAACUGCAUCUCCUCCAGUCGGGAGCUCAAAGUGGGCAAGAAAGAAUACCAGGAACUCAUGUCGGAACUGCAGGGUCGCAUCCUCCCCGAAAACCAUCCUCUGAGUAUCAACGUGACCCGUGUCCUUGAACGAUUGAUUCCCGCCGCGCCGAUUGAAAAUGCAGAAUGGAAGGUUCAUGUCAUCAACGACCCUAACCAGGCGAACGCUUUCGUGCUUCCUGGUGGCAAGGUGUUCGUCUUCACGGGUAUGCUGCCCAUCUGUCAGGAUGAAGAUGGACUGGCAGCCGUGCUGGGGCACGAGAUUGCUCAUGUUGUCGCGCAUCAUCCGGCUGAGCGCAUGAGCAACAACGGCAUCUCGCUCGUGCUGGCAUUCGUCACCUCGUUCUUGUUCGAUAUUUCCGGCCAGCUUACCUCGUUGCUCAUGAGUCUUGCGUAUGGCUUGCCGAACUCUCGCUCCCAGGAAUCCGAGGCAGAUGAAAUAGGUCUAAUGAUCAUGUCGAAGGCUUGUUUCAACCCCGAAGCCGCCGUUAGACUUUGGGACCGCAUGGAGCAAAAGGCAGAAGGCCAACCUCCCCAGUUCCUGUCCACUCAUCCGUCGAAUUCCGACCGCAUGGAAAAUCUUCGCAUGAGUAUGUACAAAGCCGAAUCCAUUUAUGAAGAUAGCGGAUGCCAUGUGCUUGGAACCUUCGGUGAGUUGUUUGAUCUUUCGACCGCCUCGAAGCUCUGUCAAAAAUUCCCAGAGCAGCUUCAGGGAACAGCGUCGUCGUUGAUCUUCCGCCCUUUGAUCUUCCUCGCCUCCCCUUCCGUUCCACGUGAGAGGAAGUUCUUCGUCAUCAUGUCAUUGUCUAUGCCCGGUCCCUCCCAGGCGGGUCUUUUCAAGCCUGGUUAUCAGACCCAUGACGCCGAAGAUGGUGCCGUUAUUCGCAACAUCGAAGCCUGUCAGGCUAUCUCGCAGACCGUCCAAACGUCGCUUGGUCCCUACGGCCGCAACAAGAUCGUCAUCAACCACCUGCAGAAGAUGAUCCUCACUUCGGACGCCGCUACGAUCCUGCGUGAGCUGGAAGUCGUGCACCCCGCUGCUAAAUUGCUGGUCAUGGCCAGUCAGCAGCAAGAUGCGGAGAUGGGUGACGGCACUAACCUGGUCAUCAUCCUGGCCGGAGAGUUGUUGAAGAAGGCUGAAGAAUUGCUGCGCAUGGGUCUGAAGACGAGUGAUAUCGUGCAGGGCUACGAGAAGGCACAGAACUUCGCCCUUAAAGUAUUAGAAGAUCUCGAGGUCGACCGUUUGCAGGAACUUCGCUCCCCGGAGGAACUCAGCAAGGCUCUCCGAACGGUGGUCGCCAGCAAGCAGUCCGGAACGGAGGAUACCCUGGCCGCGUUGGUUGCCGAGGCCGUUCUCGCCGUCCUUCCCAAGAACCCCGUCAACUUCAACGUCGAUAACGUCCGUGUGGUUAAGAUCAUGGGUGGCAGUCUGGAGCAGUCCCGCGUGGUGAAGGGUAUGGUUCUCGGCAGAGAGCCCGAUGGCACCAUCAAGAAGGCCCGCAAGGCCAAGGUCGGUGUGUUCAGCUGCCCUAUCGACAUCUCCCAGACCGAGACCAAGGGUACCGUGCUCCUGAAGAACGCCCAGGAGAUGCUCGACUUCACGAAGGGUGAGGAGGAGCGUCUGGAGGCCGCCAUCAAGGAACUGUACGACUCGGGAAUCCGCGUCGUCGUCUGCGGUUCUACCGUCGGCGAUCUCGCCAUGCAUUACCUCAACCGUUUCAACAUCCUCGUGAUUAAGAUCCUCUCCAAGUUCGAGCUCCGCCGACUCUGCCGUGUCGUCGGUGCCACCCCUCUUGCUCGUCUGGGUGCUCCCAUGCCCGACGAGAUGGGCAACGUUGACGUGGUCGAGACGACCGAGAUCGGUGGUGACCGUGUCACCGUCUUCCGCCAGGAGGACCCCGAUACCGUGACCCGGACCGCCACCAUUGUCUUGCGUGGUGCUACCCAGAACCACCUGGAGGACGUUGAGCGUGCCAUCGACGACGGUGUCAACGCCGUCAAGGCCAUCACCAAGGAUCCCCGUCUUGUGCCCGGUGCGGGCGCUUCCGAGAUCCAGCUUGUGGAGAGGAUCUCUGCCUUCGCCGACCGAACCCCCGGUCUGCCCCAGCACGCCAUCCGCAAGUAUGCCGAGGCCUUCGAAGUGAUUCCUCGCACCCUCGCCGAAUCCGCCGGACUGGACGCCACCGAGGUCCUGUCUCGUCUCUACACAGCACACCAGCAGCGUUCGAACAACGCCUCGGAAGGAUCCUCGGGCGAGGGAAGCUCCGAGGAGGAGGAACCAUACUGGACCACCGGUGUUGACCUGGAACAGGGCUCUACGGCCGGCACCCUGGACGCGGUCGAGGAAGGCAUCCUCGAUCUGAUGGCCUCCAAGAGCUGGGCUAUCCGUCUGGCCAGCGAGUCGGCACGGACGGUGCUCAGCGUGGACCAGAUCAUCGUGGCCCGACAGGCAGGUGGUCCCAAGCCGCCAGGCCCCAACCCUAACUGGGACGAGGAUUAA